CUAACGCCAGUGCUCAAAGAUGGCCCUCUGCGACUACGGCUGCAACUCGCUCUGCGGCAUCAACACAGCUUGCGUCUCCCAAAUCCCACCCUCGGAAGUCAUCGUCCAGCCUCCGCCUUUCUGCAUUACCAUCCCAGGACCAAUCAUCGCUGCCAGCCCUGAACCGGUGGCUGUAGCAGCAAACAACCCCUGUGCCACCCCUGGCUACGAGCCUUGCGGUUACGGUGGCUACGGCGCCUCCCGUGGCUAUGGGUACGGAUCCAGAAGAUGGGGUUACAACUCUGCAUGCUCCUAUCCCUAUGGCCGUUAUGGCUGCAAAGAUGGUUGUUAA